ACCCUCGGUCUCGGUGAGUUGCAGAGAAAAGUUCAAACCAAGUUGGAGCAGCCUGGAGGAAACACGGCGGGAGGACAGAGAGCACACUCACCGACCCGCACCAUUAACAAAGAGUCCGAACAAAGUUUAGUAUCGAGAGCCAGCGGGAAGAGCUGUAAAAGAUGCCGGCUACAGAGAAGGACCUGGCCGAGGACGCUCCGUGGAAGAAGAUCCAGCAGAACACCUUCACCCGCUGGAUCAACGAGCACCUGAAGUGUGUCAACAAGCGGAUCGGGGACCUGCAGUUGGACCUCGGGGACGGAUUGAGGCUCAUCGCCCUCCUGGAGGUCCUCAGCCACAAGAAGAUGUACAGAAAGUACCACCCGAGGCCCAACUUCAGGCAGAUGAAGCUGGAGAAUGUGUCGGUGGCUCUGGAGUUCCUGGAAAAGGAGAGCAUAAAGCUGGUCUCCAUAGACUCUAAAGCUAUCGUAGAUGGCAACCUGAAGCUGAUCCUGGGUCUGAUCUGGACUCUGAUUCUGCACUAUUCCAUCUCCAUGCCAGUCUGGGAGGGCGAGGACGAAGAGUCAGAAUCAAAGACUCCUAAGCAGCGUCUGCUGGGCUGGAUCCAACACAAAGUCCCUGAUCUUCCAAUCACCAACUUCAGCCAAGACUGGAGGGAUGGCAAGGCCCUGGGAGCUCUUGUGGACAGCUGUGCUCCAGGCCUCUGUCCAGACUGGGAGACCUGGGAUUCAGUGAGACCAGCGGACAAUGCCAGUGAAGCCAUGCAGCUGGCCGACGACUGGCUGGGCAUCCCUCAGGUGAUCGCUCCAGAGGAGAUCAUUGACCCCAGCGUGGACGAACAGUCAGUGAUGACCUACCUGUCUCAGUUCCCCAAAGCCAAACUGAAACCAGGAGCUCCACUCAAACCCAAACUGAACCCCAAGAAGGCUCGAGCAUACGGACCUGGUAUCGAGCCCACGGGGAACAGGGUGCUGCGUCCUGCUGUGUUCACGGUGGACACGUUCAGUGCAGGUCAGGGGCAGGUCACCAUCUACCUUGACCAUCCAGACGGCACCAGGGAGGAGCUGAAACCUGAGCUUAACGAGGGGAAGAGGACCUACAGCGUCACCUACAUUCCUCAAGUCAUGGGACCUCACAAGGUGACGGUGUUGUUCGCCGGCCAGCAGAUCCCCAAAAGUCCAUUUGAGGUGGACGUGGACAAGGCUCUGGGCGACGCCACCAAAGUCACAGUGAAGGGCCCCGGAGUCGAACCCGUGGGAAACAUCGCCAACAAACCCACCUACUUCGACAUCUACACUGCAGGAGCCGGAACAGGAGACGUGACGGCCAUGAUCCGAGACCCUCAGGGCCGCCAGAACGUUGUGGAGGUGAUGAUGGAGGAUAAGGGCGACAGCGUGUACCGCUGCACCUACCGACCCACUCAGGCCGGACCUCACACCGUCAUCGUCACCUUCGGAGGGGUGGCAAUCUCCAAGAGCCCGUUCAACGUGGACGUGGGACCUGCCUGCAUGCCGGGGGCCUGCAGGGCGACGGGUCGGGGUCUCCAGCCCAAUGGGUUGAGGGUGAAACAGGUGGGGGACAUCAAGGUGGACACCAGGAACGCCGGCAGUGGAGACCUGAAGGUUGUCGUCAAAGGACCCGAUGGAGUUGAGGAGCCGCUGAAGCAGACCUCCAGUCAGGAUGGCGUGUUCUCCUACGAGUAUCAUCCUACCAGUCCUGGAAAAUACGUCGUCUCCAUCACUUGGGGCGGUCAGCACAUCCCCAAGAGUCCCUUCGAAGUGAAGGUCGGUCCGGCGGCCGGGCCGCAGCAGAUCAGAGCCUGGGGUCCUGGCUUGGAGGGAGGCAUCGUGGGUAAACCUGCCACCUUUGUGGUUGAAUCCAUCGGCACUGAUGUGGGAGUGUUGGGUUUUGCCAUCGAGGGACCGUCUCAGGCCAAAAUCGAGUGCGAGGACCAGAAUGACGGGUCGUGUGACGUCCGAUACUGGCCGACAGAGCCUGGCGAGUACGCCGUCCACGUGACCUGCGACGAGGAGGACAUAGAACACAGUCCCUUUAUGGCAUACAUCGUUCCUGACAACAACACCAGCCACCCAGAGAAGGUCCAGGCCUAUGGGCCGGGGCUUGAGAAGACCGGCUGCCUGGUCAACCAACCUGCGGAGUUCACCGUCAAUGCUGAGCAUGCUGGGAAAGGCCCUCUGAAGAUCACAGCUCGGGACUCUGAGGGACUUCCUGUGGAGGUGAAGGUGAAGACUAAAGGUGACGGGCUGCACAGCUGCUCCUACACACCUUCCUCGCCUCUCAAACACACCGUGGCCGUCACAUGGGGAGGAGUCAGUGUCCCCAACAGCCCCUUCAGGGUGAACGUGGGUAAAGGCAGCUACCCCAACAUGGUGAAGGUGUUCGGUCCUGGUGUGGAGAGAACUGGACUGAAGGCCAACGAGCCGACACACUUCACCGUGGACUGUUCAGGAGCUGGAGAUGGCGACGUCAGCGUGGGCAUUAAGUGCGAUGCCAACAUGAUCGGAGACAAAGAAGCGGACGUCGACUUUGACAUCAUCCCCAACGCCAACGACACAUUCACUGUCAAAUACGUCCCUCCCGCCGCUGGAAGACUCACUGUUAAAGUCCUGUUCACUGACAAAGAAGUCCCACAGAGUCCCUUCAGCGUCAAAGUCGAUCCUUCCCACGAUGCAUCAAAGGUUAAAGCAGAGGGACCUGGACUGGCUCGCACUGGUAUAGAGAGCGGGAAGCCGACUCAUUUCACAGUGUUGACCAAAGGAGCAGGAAAAGCACCGCUGGACGUGUCCUUCUCCUCCUCCGUCAAAGACUUUGACAUCAUCGACAACUACGACUACUCUCAGACCGUCAAGUACACACCAGGGGAGCAGGGGGAGAUGACAAUCGUGGUGAAGUUUGGAGGUGAUCCCAUCGCCAAGAGUCCAUUUAAGGUGGCAAUCGCUGCCCCACUGGACCUCAACAACAUCACUGUGGACAACCUGGAUGGAAGAGUGGAGGUUGAUCAGGAGCAGCAGUUUAUGGUGGACACCAAGGGGGCGGGAGGUCAAGGCCACCUGGAGGUGUCGGUGCUGAGUCCCAGCCAGCGUGCAAUACCCUGUAAAGUGGAGCCUCAGGCCGGUAAAGCGGACAAAAAUCUGGUCCGUUACACCCCCACAGAGGAAGGGGUGCACGCCGUCAACGUGUCCUAUGAUGGACACCCUGUCCCUGGGAGCCCCUUCCCUGUGGAGGCCCACCUGCCUCCAGACCCCAGCAAGGUGAAGGCGUUCGGUCCCGGUCUGAAGGGCGGCUUGGUGGGGAACCCAGCUGAGUUCACCAUCGACACCAAGGGUGCUGGCACUGGGGGCCUGGGGCUGACGGUGGAGGGUCCGACUGAGGCCAAGAUCGAAUGUUCUGACAAUGGUGACGGGACCUGCUCUGUGUCCUACCUGCCCACCGAACCCGGAGACUACCUGGUUAACAUUCUGUUUGAGAACGUCCACAUCCCCGGCUCGCCAUUCAAAGCCGACUUCCAGAUGCCCUUUGAUCCCUCCAAGGUGGUGGCCUCGGGGUCUGGCCUGAAGAAGGCCAAGGUUGGAGAAGCCUGUGUAGUGAAUGUGGACUGCUCCCGAGCUGGACCGGGCCAACUCGUCCUGGAGGCGGCCCCAGACUCCUCCUCUGACUCAGGCAUGAAAGCAAAGACGGAGGUAGUGGACAACAAAGAUGGGACCUACACAGUGACCUACAUCCCCUUGACCUCUGGCAUGUACACCCUGAUGCUGAAGUACGGGGAAAAGGCCGUCCCUGGUUUCCCUGCAAAGGUGAUGGUGGAACCUGCUGUUGACACCUCCAACGUUAAAGUGUUUGGACCUGGAGUGGAGGGAGAAGCUGUUUUCAGAGAAGCGACCACAUGUUUCACAGUGGACGCCCGUCCUCUGACCCGGCGUGGAGGAGACCAUGUGAAGGCGGAGGUCAGGAACCCAUCUGGAGCCCUGACAGACUGUGUGGUUACCGACAAGGCAGAUGGCACCUACGACGUAGAGUACACUCCUUUUGAGAACGGUGUUCACAGCGUCCAGGUUCUGUACGAUGACACUCCGGUUCCUAAGAGCCCAUUCAAGGUUUCUGUGUCGGAGGGAUGUGACCCAAGUAGGGUGGUGGCAACCGGCCCUGGGCUCCAACAAGCCCUGACCGAUCAGCCCAACAACUUCAACAUUGUCACCAGAGGGGCAGGCAUUGGUGGCCUCGGCAUCACCGUGGAAGGUCCGUCAGAGUCCAAGAUGUCUUGCAAAGAUAACAAAGAUGGCAGCUGCAGCGUGGAGUACAUUCCUUUCACGCGCGGCCUCUACGACGUCAACAUCACCUAUGGAGGAGAGCACAUCCCAGGAAGUCCCUUCAAAGUCCCAGCAAAGGACAUUGUCGACUCCAGUAAGGUCAAGGUGUCUGGUCCCGGAGUGGGUUCAGGUGUCAGGGCCAAUAUCCCACAGUCCUUCACAGUGGACUGCAGGAAGGCAGGCGAGGCUCCACUGGUUGUGGCCGUCACUGCUCCGAAAGGUGUCGCGGUGCCCGUGGAGGUGAAGGACAACGAGGACGGGACUCACACAGUGUCCUACACGCCAACCGUGGAGGGGCCACACUCUGUCGCUGUCAAGUAUGCAGACGAGGACGUCCCACGCAGUCCCUUCAAGUUCCGGGUUCUGCCGACUCACGACGCCAGUAAAGUACGAGCCAGCGGCCCCGGGCUGACCAGCGGCGUCCCCGCCAGCUUCCCCGUCGACUUCAACAUUGACGCCAAAGACGCAGGCCAGGGCCAACUGAGCGUGCUCAUCACAGAUCAGGACGGCAAACCCAAGCAGCCCAGUAUCCAUGACAAUGGCGACGGUACAUACCGGGUGUCCUACAUCCCCGACCGUGCUGGACGGUACACUAUCGUCAUAAAAUACGGUGGCGACGACAUCCCCGCAUCACCUUACAGAGUCCGAGCCACGGCGACCGGAGACGCCAGCAAGUGCACCGUCACAGGUCCAGGUGUGGGUCCCACUGUAGCCAUCGGCGAGGAGCUGGGCCUGGUAGUGAAUGCUAAGGGUGCAGGGAAAGGGAAGGUGAGCUGCGUGGUGGUGCAGCCCGACGGCAGCGAGGUGGAGGCCGAGGUGCUGGAGAACGAGGACGGCACCUUUGACAUCUUCUAUACGGCCCCAGCACCCGGCAACUACAUCAUCUACGUCCGCUUCGGAGGGGAAAACAUCCCGCGUAGUCCCUUCAAAGUCAUGGCCACUGAUGAGGUACCCAUGGCGAAAGAGCAGACGUCACGACAGCAGCAGGCCGCUCCCCCCGGAGCUGGCUUCCAGCCAUGGGUGACGUCAGACAACUACCAGCCAAUCAGCAGCAGCGUCAACGGCAGCGGCUUCAGGCCGUUCGACAUGGUGAUACCUUUCUCCUUCAGGAAGGGAGAAAUCACCGGUGAAGUGCUGAUGCCUUCAGGUAAAUCGGCUCAGCCUCUGAUCACAGACAACCUGGACGGGACCGUCACAGUGCAGUACUCCCCUACUGAGGCCGGCCUGCAUGAGAUGCACAUCAAAUACAAUGGCACACACAUCCCAGAGUCUCCGCUCCAGUUCUAUGUGAACCACACCAGCAGCCCCAACGUCACCGCCUACGGACAUGGUCUGAGCUACGGCGUGGCCAACAAGAUGGCCACGUUCACCGUCUACACGGAGGACGCCUCUGAAGGAGGUCUGGACUUGGCCAUUGAGGGUCCGUCCAAAGCCGAGAUCAACUGCGUGGACAACAAAGACGGGACGUGCAGCGUCAGCUACCUGCCCACGCUCCCCGGAGACUACAACAUCCUGGUCAAAUACAACGACGAGCACAUCGCCGGCAGCCCCUUCACCGCCAGGAUCACCGAGGACAACCAGCGUCGCUCUCAGGUCAAACUGGGCUCUGCUGCAGAUUUCUCUCUGGACAUUAAUGAGACGGACCUCAGCCUGCUGACCGCCAGCAUCAGGGCGCCGUCUGGACGCGACGAGCCCUGCCUGCUGAAGAGGAUGGCCAACAAUCACAUCGGUAUCUCCUUCAUCCCCCGGGAGGUGGGCGAACACAAGGUCAGCAUCCUGAAGAACGGCCGGCACGUCGCCAACAGUCCCAUCACCAUCAUGGUCGUCCAGUCCGAGAUCGGCGACGCCACUCGAGUCAAGGCUCACGGUGACGGCCUGGUCCAAGGAACCACCUUCAACAACGCCACCUUUGUGGUGGACACGCGAGAGGCCGGUUAUGGCGGUCUGGCUCUGUCGAUUGAAGGUCCCAGUAAGGUGGACAUCCAAACAGAGGACGUGGAAGACGGGACAUGUAGAGUCACCUACUGCCCAACCGAGCCUGGGAACUACAUCAUCUCCAUCCGCUUCGCUGAGGAACACAUCCCAGGAAGUCCCUUCACGGUGCGGGUGACGGGCGAGGGUCGCAUUCGGGAGAGCAUCAGCAGACGCCAGAAGGCGGCGUCUGUCGCCAGCGUCGGGAGUAUGUGUGACCUCAGCCUCAAGAUACCAGCGAUCGACAUGCAGGACGUCACCUCCGAGGUAACGUCCCCCUCCGGAGCCACUAAGCCUGCUGAGCUGGUUGCCGUGGGCGGCGACACCUACUGUGUGCGCUUCGUGCCCACAGAGAUGGGCGUGCACAGCGUGAGCGUGAGGUACAGGGGCGUGCACGUGCCGGGCAGCCCCUUCCAGUUCACUGUGGGGCCCCUGGGAGAGGGCGGGGCUGCCAAGGUGAAGGCGGGCGGUCCGGGACUGGAGGGCGCACAGGCAGGAGAGCCAGCUGAGUUCAGUAUCUGGACGAGGGAGGCGGGAGCUGGUGGUCUGUCCAUCGCCAUGGAGGGACCCAGCAGGGCCGAGAUCUCCUUCGACGAUCGCAAAGACGGAUCCUGCGGUGUCUCUUACGUGGCCCAGGAGCCUGGCGAUUAUGAGAUUUCUGUGAAGUUCAACGAUCAGCACAUACCAGACAGCCCCUACCUGGUUCCUGUCGUCGCUCCCGUGAACGACGCCCGCCGCCUCACUGUUACCGGUCUUCAGGAGUCAGGUCUGAAGGUGAAUCACCCAGCAUCCUUUGCGGUGCGUCUGAACGGAGCCCAGGGCAAGAUGGAGGCCAAAGUCCACAGCCCUUCUGGAGCCCUGGAGGAGUGCGCGGUCACAGAGCUAGAAAAAGACAAGUACGCUAUCCGGUUCAUCCCCAGGGAGAACGGCAUCCACACCAUCGAUGUCAAAUUCAACGGCUCUCACAUCCCAGGAAGUCCAUUCGAGGUCCGAGUUGGAGAACCGGGACAGACCGGAGAGCCCGGUCUGGUGUCGGCUUAUGGAUCUGGGCUGGAGAGAGGCACGACAGGUACCCAGUCAGAGUUCAUCAUCAACAACACAAAGGCGGGCCCUGGGGCCUUGGCCGUUACCAUCGAGGGACCGUCCAAGGUAAAGAUGGACUGCCAGGAGGUUCCUGAGGGCUACAAGGUGCAUUACACUCCCAUGGCACCUGGUAACUACCUGAUCAGCAUCAAAUAUGGCGGACCAAACCACAUCACUGGCAGUCCUUUCAAGGCAAAGGUUACGGGUAAUCGGCUGGUGAAUGUGACAAACGCCAGCGAGACGUCAACCCUGACCAUGGAUCCAGCGGUGCGGGCCUCCAGCAGCGGCCUCACGCAGAGCGCCAUGCCCAGGCCAGCCGACUCCGACGCCAGCAAGGUGCUGAGCCGAGGACCUGGUCUCAGCAGGGCCUUCGUGGGCCAGAGGAGCAACUUCUCCGUCGACUGUAGCAAAGCUGGUAAGAACAUGCUCCUGGUGGGCGUGCAUGGCCCUCAGGUCCCCUGCGAGGAGGUUCUGGUCAAACACUCUGGGAACCUGCAGUACAACGUCAGCUACCUGCUGAAGGAGCGGGGCAACUACAUCCUGGUGGUCAAGUGGGGCGAAGACCACAUCCCGGGAUCCCCCUUCCACGUCACCGUCCCUUGAUGCGCCAUCACUCCUCCAGCACCAUUUUGCAUCCCUGGUUGAGUUAAAGACCCAUUGCCUGCACUACAAAUAACUGUCCAAUGAACAAGCUGCUCUGCAAAGAUGCUUCAAGGAUUUAUUGCUUGACACAACUGACCCAUAUGUUGAAAUGUUUCCUGGACUGAACCUAAUGAAAAGUGUCAAACACUAAAGAGUAAAUGAACACAUUAGUCAGUGGAGUUGGAAGCAAACUGGAGCUGUAGAAUAGCGACGCGAGCUGAUUGGGAAUUAAAUCUAAUCCGCAGAUUACUGCAACCCCUGACAUUAUUAAUUGACACAUGUUGCACUUGAUGUUAGCUGUUGUACUAAAUUGGUAAAUUAAAGACUGGUAGUUUUAAAUAAGUUUUUGGCGAGAAUGUCCCUACAAGUCGACUUGGUGCAUCUUUUCAAAAUGUUAAACUGGAUUUGGAAACGGUUUGGAGUGAGAGAAGUGGAGCCAAACCUUUGGAAAUUUAACUGGAAUUAAACAGCACUUUUCUUCACUUAAACUGCACCAGGAGCAAAGUGACAAUAAUGUUAUUAAUGGUUUGAUUAUGUAUCAGGGAGCCAAAUGGCCAACUGCUGGUUUGAAUCCUUCAAGUCUCCCCACAUGGCUAGCUGCCAUAGGAAACUAGCCAAUAAUAACCAGAUCUGUGGUGAACCUUAUCUUGAAGGAACUGUCAAAAAAAAAUGACUAAACAUCUCAAUUAAAAGAAGAAAACUAGAGCUCUCUGUUUUAGCUUCUCAUCUCUUUGUUUCAUUAAAGUGUGGAUGGACAGAAUCUGUCCCAACAGGAAGUGUCAAACUGUUCGCAACUACUGAUGUUUUAUUGUUGAUUUCUUUCUAUUUGAACUACCAGAAUCCAUCAAGUACUUUAAUGUUGCCACAACAAAUCGAUGACUGUUAAAGCUGCCUUCACACUACUGUUCCUUCCUGCCCUGUCCCACAGACUACUUAAUUAUGUGCUAUAGCGUUUUUGGAUUCAUUGCUACUCCCUGUUGUACCUUCCUGUGUUUUCACAUGAACAGAUCUGACCUUUGAUCACAAUAUUAAGUCUUAUCACCACCUAUCAUUGAUACUCUUUGCAGUGAAAGCCAAAUCAAACACGCAAAUUCAUCACUGCAUGAAAUGUAAGAAGAAAAAAAAAAACAAAUCUGAGCUGGAGAAUGAGGUCAGAUUUCUGGUUUAUGUGUAAAUCUUGAAAACAUCUACACAAAUCUGUCUUUGUCUUAUCACUGCUACUUUUGAUACUUAAGGGAUGAAAGGAUUUUUGUAUGGGGGUGGGGGAAGCUUCUGAUUUUGUAUUAGGUGUUGAUGUGAAACUAAACCCCAAUAUGAUGUACAUUUGAUAAUUAAAAUAAACUGGAAUUUAGACGAUUGAA